AGUAGACCCAGCAGGAGCAGAGAGAGGAACCCUCCACUGGAUCCCCAUGCUGACAGCCAUCCAAUCCAAAACGCCUAUUCAUUAGUGUGGACGUUAAACUGUGCGGCUCUGACAGGAUGGAUUUCUUAGACCGCGGUUACCUGGACGCGCGGUCUCCUUAUGAUUACACCUUUAAUUUUUGGAACGACUACCUCGGGCUGUCGACACUUGUCGCCAAAAAUAAGAUCAACAGUCCGCCCUUCAGCCCUAACUCUAUAACCGAGUCUCUUAAAGCGACUUUGGGACUGGAGGACGAUUCCCCGGUUUGCUCCUGCGUAAUUGGGCACGGCAGGGACACCAACGACGGACCCUUGGACUGCUACUGCGCGGCCCCGAGCUCCCCGCCGAUCUCCAUCUAUGAUCUCAAAGAGCGCAUCUCGCUUCUCAGGCCAUACGAACACCUCGCUAGUGAUUCGCAGCUGGGGGAAAGAGAUUCCCCCUCAUACAAGGGAAGCUUCUCUGGCUUCGACCUGCUCGCCAUGGACCGAAGACGCAAACAGGCUCAGAGGGGCAAACCGGAGCCCAAAGUGUGCGUCUUCUGUCGGAAUAACGGCGCACCAGAGGAAGUUUACGGCACCCAUAUCCUGAAGACAGCGGACGGCAGAGUGCUUUGCCCCAUCCUCCGGGCGUACACCUGCCCCCUCUGCAGUGCCAACGGUGACAAUGCGCACACCAUCAAGUACUGCCCGCUUUCUAAAGACCAGCCGAGCCAGAGAGUGGCAAAGGGGGGCAGAGCGAUUGGCAAACGGCUGAAAAUCUUCUGAGCGAGCAGAUGAAGUUAAUGACGUUUGAGUUGCACUGUCUGAAAUUACUAAUGUGUAUGGCAGUAAAAUAGCUCCAUUUGACGCACAAGACAAGUCUGGAAAAAGAAAGAAACGAUCAGAAGAAAACAAGAUUUCUAUUCUUUUUUUUCUUUUUGUAUAUGUAACAGCUUCUUUUCCAAUGUUUCUGUCUAUACUGUAACUGUGGGCACAUAGUUUACACUUGGACGCACUGCGCGUAAUAUAACCCCCAGCACUCUUAAAGACUUGGUGAUUAAAAAAAUGAACCAAAGUACUGUACAGAUCGACCUGUGAAUGAUCGCCUUCAUGCUAUAAUCAGAAGUUGCUGUGUUUCAAGUAACGCAGUGCCAGUGCAAACAGCCCAGAGUAUGUCAGCGGGCUGCUCUUGCCAACAUAAAUGAAUAUGCAGCACUCCUGAUAUGAGGUGAAUGUUUAGUCCCACAGCCCAUUGGCCCCAUGGAUGUAAGAAGUGUGACAGGCCGUGCAAGAGAUGCAAGAUCUACUUCUUUAUGUCCUGCACAUGUUUUUUUCUCCCUUCCUUGAGAUCAAUGUUUUCUACCAAAGGAAUACACUUUUUGUAUUGCAACUUAGCCUAAAGGUAAAUUUCUGUAGUUUAUACGUCGCUCAUGUCUGAUAUUCUUUAUGUGAUUUCGUGUAAAUAGGCAUCUUACACAUUUCAAGUGAAUGUAAAACACUGGAGGUGAGAUCUGACUCGCCGCUCAGUUCCUCUUUCAUUUCUGUCAUAUAGUUCAAGUACACACACUGACUUGUUUUUGUUUUGUUUUUUAAACGUGGAAAUGUGCACCUGCAAUUCUUGUAAACGUACAAACGAUUUUAGCAAUGAAAAGCCUGACAUUCCAAAGUCUAUCUGUCAACUAAAAUGUUUUAUGUACUUAUUUUUACCUUAUGUACCACUGGGAAAUAUAUUCGCUGUAAAUGACCUCUGAAUAAACAUGGAAUUUGCAGAUUUGUUUGACUGUACAAGACUUAAGCUGACACGAUCAUGAUUAUGGUAUCUGUAGGCAGAGCCUGCAGCAGGUGAUGACAGCAUCUUAAGUUGAACGUAUGCUGUCAAAGGUAAGUGGGGAAAUAAAUUUAUUCACAAAACUAUUUCAUCUGGAACCAUCUACAGCUGCCACACUGGCAUGCAGUGCAACUGCGCCACCUAGUGCUCAAAGCCUUGAACGCUUGAAUGCAGAUAUCACUAAAAACGUUUUUAAAUCUUUAGACAAAACUUUAUGAUCCACUGGAAAAGUGUGUGUACGUAAGUCAUUCUUUCUCUUUUUAUUUUUUAAAUUUAUGGUCUAUGUGUAUCUUUUAAAGUCCGUUCUGGUUGAUAACAUGUUUUAAGCGCUGAUCUUAUUACAGAAAGCCCCUAAAAUCUUCAUUCAGAUGAGUAUGUUAUUGUUUUUCACUUCCGCCAAGUAGGUCAUGUGACCGGCUCAGU